CCGAAGCGAGGUGCCGCCACCACCGCUGCUACUUCAGAGCGAGCCCGGAACAUUCCGCCCUCUCUCUGGCGCAGACGGACCGGAGGACGCACUUCUGCGCUUCACAGCGGAUCUGUACACCUGUUUACUGUUUUUUUACUCGUUUACUCAACCCAGAGAAAACUUUUGCUCUCUUCUUUUUUACUCCUUCGAGACUGGUGUCGGUGAUUUGUCAACACCAACUUUAAGCCUAUGUGCAGAACUGCUCUGAGGGCUUGUGUGUCAUUCUCUUAAAGGUUCCUUCUCCGUUGCUAUACUUCAGGACUGCAGGGAUUCAAACCAACUGUGGAAUUUGUCAUUCAAUCUUUGAGGACCGGAAUUGCAUUUUGGAUUUGCUUUUUCCAAGGGUGUGAGCCAAGAAAACCUUUCCAGAUUUAAGAAAAAGCAGGAAUUAAAUUUAAAACAGCUGCCUCAGUCAGACAGGUUCCCUGUGGAGGAGAGCCGUGUUUGAGCGCGGGAGAAGAUGAAGAGCAGUUUAGCGGUGCUGUGCGCUGCUCCCCUCCUGCUGCUGCUGUGGUGCGCGCUAGCAUGCGCCGACGACAAGGGCUCCAAAACCGCGCUGGCGGGCCCCGGGGCCACGGGGGCCCGGGUAAGGCAGGGCAGGGGCCCUGCGCCGCGACGGAGAGAGGAGGAGCCGCAGGAGGGUCGGAAGGAAGAGGGGCUCAUGGAUGAUCCCAGCGUAGAAGGAGCUACAGCCAAGCCUAAACCAAAGGUGAAGAAGUCCCCAGAGGAGGUGUUAGCAGCCAAGGCCAAGAAAGCGGCAGAGAGGGAGGCCAAAGCAAAGAAGCAGAAAGCCCCCAAGCCCACCAAGAAACCAAAGCCCCCAAAGCCCACCAAAAAACCCAAGCCACCGAAACCGACCAAAAAACCAAAGGCCCCAAAGACCACCAAGGCACCCAAGAAGGUGACUGAGAAACCAAAGGUGGAUCAGGUGACCAAGCAGAAGGAGGAGCCCCCUACCAGGCAGACUAGCCUGGAGGAGGAGGAGGAGAGGCUUCUAAUCGAGCUUGGCUGGGGCGGCCUGAUUCCCACAGUUGCACAAAAAGAACCAGAGAAGAAACCCAUGUAUCCAGAGAAGCCAUUUUACCCCGAGCCAGUGGAGCCAACUGAACCAGGGAAAAAGUUGAAACCUGAUGAACAUGACUACUGGGAAGAAAAAUUGCCAGAACCCUUCCCUGAUUACAAGGAGGCCUUCCCCACAAAGAACUGGCGCCCCCCUGGCCCAGUGGGGACAACAGCUCCACCAUAUAUUGGGCCAUGGUAUGAAGAAUAUGACUAUGGUGACAUCGCUGAAAAGAAGCUUGAGGAAGAGAGAGAAAAGGCAAGGAAAGAGAAGGAGGAAAGAGCGGAGAAACAGAGGAAGAUGUGGGAGGAGGAGGAGGCGAAGGCCAGAGAGAAGCAGACUCCCGUCUACACAGAGCCAAAGAAGUGCCCCCCUCUGGGAAUGGAGUCUCACCGGGUGGAGAACGACCAGCUUCUCGCCUCCUCCAUGUCCCACCAUGGCCUUGGCCCACAGCGAGGACGCCUGAAUUUGCAGGGUUCGGACGACGAUGACGACAUAUACGGGGGAGGCUGGUGUGCAGACACCGAGGAGAAGGACCACUGGAUCGAAGUGGACGCCCGUCGGGAGGUGCAGUACACUGGGGUCAUUACCCAGGGCAGGGACUCCCAAAUGCAUGAUGAUUUCGUCACCUCCUACUUUGUGGCCUUCAGUAACGACAGUCGUGAUUGGACAGUUCUCCAUGAUGGAUAUGCUGAGUGGCUGUUCUUCGGCAAUGUGGACAAGGACACACCCGUGAUGUCGCAGUUCGCAGAGCCCAUGGUGGCGCGCUACAUGCGCAUCCUGCCGCAGAGCUGGAACGGGAGCCUGUGCAUGAGGCUGGAGUUCAUGGCCUGCCAGCUGCCCAGCCACUUUCAGAGUGAGAACGAGGUCACACCCAUUGAUGAUUUAGACUUCAGACACCACAACUACAAGGAGAUGAGACACCUGAUGAAAGUGGUCAAUGAGGAGUGUCCCAACAUCACCAGAAUUUACAACAUCGGCAAGAGCUUCCAGGGCCUGAAGAUCUACGCCAUGGAAAUCUCUGACAACCCAGGAGAGCACGAGACAGGCGAGCCGGAGUUCCGCUACACGGCCGGUCUCCACGGAAACGAAGCCUUGGGGCGGGAGCUGGUGCUGAUGCUCAUGCAGUUCCUGUGUAAGGAGUACAACGACGACAACCCCAGAGUGCGCCGCCUAGUGAACGGAGUGCGCAUACACCUGGUGCCCUCGCUCAACCCCGACGCCUACGAGCUGGCCUACGAGAUGGGUUCUGAAAUGGGGAACUGGGCCUUAGGCCACUGGACAGAAGAAGGAUACGACAUAUUCGAGAACUUUCCUGAUCUCAACAGCAUCCUGUGGGGGGCAGAGGACCGAGGCUGGGUCCCACGCAUUGUGCCCAAUCACCACAUUCCCAUCCCAGAGAACUUCCUGUCGCCAAACAGCUCGGUUGCCGUGGAGACCAGAGCCAUCAUCUCCUGGAUGGAGAGGAACCCCUUCGUGCUGGGGGCCAACCUGCAGGGGGGGGAGAAGGUGGUGGCGUACCCCUUCGACAUGCAGCGGCCGGCCAGGGUGGCUCCGGAGGCGCGGGGGGGUCGGCGCAGGGGCCGGCUGGGCGAGGACGACGAGGAGCUGAACGAGGAGACGUGGGCGCGCCUGCAGUGGCACAACCAGGGCGAGCUGCGCGAGACGCCCGACGACGCCAUGUUCCGCUGGCUGGGCAUGUCCUACGCCUUCAGCCACCUCACCAUGACCGAGACCUACCGCGGCGGCUGCCACACCGACGACCUCACCGGCGGCCAGGGCGUCAUCAACCGCGCCGGCUGGAAGCCCGUCGUGGGCAGCAUGAAUGACUUCAGUUACCUGCACACCAACUGCUUUGAGCUGUCCAUCUUCGUGGGCUGUGACAAGUUCCCACACGAGAGCGAGCUGGCGCUGGAGUGGGAGAACAACCGCGAGGCCCUGCUGGGCUUCAUCGAGCAGGUGCAUCGUGGGAUCAAAGGUGUGGUGAGGGACAUCGAUGGGAACCCCAUCGCCAAUGCCACCGUAGCUGUGGAAGGAAUCAAGCACGACGUCAAAACUGCUGCCACGGGCGAUUACUGGCGCCUGCUGAACCCUGGGGAGUACCGGGUGACGGUGCGGGCGGAGGGCUACACGCCCCAGGCCCGGCUCUGCAUGGUGGGCUACGAGGCGGGGGCCACGUCCUGCAGCUUCAGCCUCACCAAGUCCAACUGGGACCGCAUCCGGCAGAUCAUGGCUCUCAACGGGAAGAGGCCGAUCCGACUGAUCCCCCAGAACCGGGGCGCCGGCGCCGGCGCCGGCACUGGCACCGGCAAUGCUAAUGGCGUCGGGGUGAGGACAGGCAUCAGCCUCACUCCCCGUCAGGCCCGGCUUCGCCGCCUGAGGAUCAUGCGUCUUCGGCAGCAGAGGCUGAGGGCCAACCUCACCACCACCCCACCGACGACCACCAUCCCCACCACCACCCCCACCACCACGCCCCUCCCGACCACCACCAUGGGCGAACUCCUGCCUGAGACCACCACCUCCUGGUACGAUGCUUGGUUCCCCGUGGAGGACCCCCUGGCCCCCAAUGGCGACACCUUUCUCCCUGAAACAGCACCCACGCAGGACUACAACAUUGAGAUCAACGUAGACGAUUAUUAUUGAGUACUCCCAGCAAAACAGCACGCAUUCACGUAGAUCAGCGAGUCUCAAAAUGGCUGCCUGAAAUGUCUUAUAAGGUGUUCUGUCACCAUCAUCUUUGAGCUAAAAACAGCCCUUUUCCUGCCUGUCUACACACAUGCGAGCACAAAGUUACCUUAAAGAGCGCAUAGAUACAACUCUUCCUUUCUGCUGCGCAGAAUAGUGAUAAUGUACUUCCUAAGGCAGCCAUCAUCAAAUCUGGACCUCAAAUCCAAAUCUGGCCCUGGUUUUCUUUACACCCAGGCCAUUCGCUGAACAAUUAAUUUGCUACUGAUCGGCUAGACUGCCUUCACACCUGACUCCCAGGUAAAGGGAGGGUGGAAAUGCAGCAGUUCUCGGACCUCGAGGGUCGUGAUUUGAUGAUCCCUGUCCUCAGGUUUUAGAUGGUGGCAAAAGUCUGCCUCUGAAGGACAUAAGGGAAGCUGACUUUUUAAAGAAGUUUAACAGUGUAGUGUAGUUUUUAAACACAAACACAGCAGAGCUGAUCGAGGGCCCAGAAACAAAUAAACUGAUAAAAAGGAACUCUUGAAAUCAAUUGGAAAACCCAGUUUGAUAUGAAAAUAUACUGGAAAAUCAACUCAACGAAAAAAACAAAAAUCUAAUUUAAAUGGAAAUGCAUCACUUUUCUUGCUUCAAAUGACUUCUCAGUUGUAUUCCUUUAGGUAAGAAAUGCUUGAACUACCAAAGAUGACAAUAGAAGUGUUAUUUUAAUAAAUAGAACAGCAGUCAUUUAUUUUAUUUACCCUUUUCUCUUGGUGUAUUGUUAGAAAAAACUAACAAGGACAGACAUCUCAAAAGGAAAAAAGUAAUAACACACUAACACUUGUUUUCUCUGCAGUCACAAAAUGGUUGGUUACAAUAAAACAUUCUGAAAGUUCUAAGAAGAA